AUGGCGCAAAUAAGCACAUCCUCUCUCGCAUACACUCUCAAUGCCGAUUCUUUCGAAUUUUUGGGAUCUACAACUCCCCUCAAACCUACAGAGAGCUUUAUCCUACCGCAUUAUGACUUCUUAUCGUUCCUUGGUGUAGUACAGCAAUCCGGGGUCAACUUUCUUCCUACCACCUGGGCCCCAGGGCUUGAUGGACUGGGUAUCGAUGGGCUUGAACAGAUUGAUCUAAACCCAAGUCGCGGGUUUUCUUUUAAGCGGUUUACACCAGACAGUAAAGAAGCGCGGGCUCUGGGACUCGAAGAUGUGCAUAGUUUCUCAUGGAAGGCGCUUAUUGCUGAGAUUUUAGUACUACAGCAUCCUAGAGUCCGGGAGUGCCGGAGUAUAGUUGAUUUAUAUGGAAUUAGUUGGGAUGUCCAGGUCAAUAGAAGUGGAAUACUUGUGAAAGUUUUGCCUGUGCUGGUAUUCGAGAAGCCGGUGCAUGGGAGCUUGGAUAAGUUCUUGGGAUCAAGGUCUUACCAGGCGCUGAAUUUUGAGAAAAGGCUGUCGUUGUGUAGAGAUAUAGGAAAGGCUAUUGAGCUAAUGCACUCUUUCAGCAUUCCACACGGAGAGAUAAAGCCAGAAAAGGUCCUCGUUUUUGAAGACGGCAAUGGUGGAUUCAUUGCAAAGAUCAUCGACUUUGGAUACGCUUGCUUAGGUUGUGCUGACGAAGAUCCUGUAUGCCUACCCUUGACACCUGAAUGGAGUUCACCCGAAUGUACGUCAAUGGAGCCCACCGUAGGCCGAGCUAAGAAGGCCGAUAUAUAUUCCUACGGGAAAGUUUGUGGGUGGAUCCUUUUCGGAGACCGAGGAUCAACAUCUUCUCCAGCAUCGCUUCUUUCUCUGUCUCCCGGGGAGGGAGAGGGUCCGAAUUUCGUUGUUAAGGACCAUGAGUUGGCUCGCUCGAGAUUAGCCAGCUUUUUUGAGGCCUGUUUAGAAACGAAUCCAGAUGCGAGAGCCAGCGACAUGGGCAUGUUAGUUGGGCUAGUUUCUCAAGCUCUUGAAGGGGAUGUCCAAAGGGAGACGAUUUCUGAUGAGUUGAUUAAGUUUGAAAGUUUGAAAAGUAUCCCAAAUCUUGCACUCAAUUUUGAAGCACUCCAACAUGUCCACUGCUUCGUCCGUGUCCAAAUCGUCAAGGCGCUCACAGAUAGAGCCGCCACCUGCAAAGAUUCUGCCUUCCAACUUGCGCUCUGCCACGAAUUUGCUUUCGGGACCCCACGAGACGCGAGCCUUGUCGUUGAAUACCUCCAAAAAUGCGGAAGGUCGGCUGAAGACCUUUCGGCGGCUGCGGAGAACAUCAUUACACAUGGCAAACUCGAUCAAGAUAUCAAAAUCACAUUCAUGCAGCAGAUAGAUCAAUUGAUCGAUGAAUAUAUCCAAACUGGUAUUCUUUCAACAGUACUAGAUAUCUACAAGUAUGAGGUGGCCGGAAAGACGGAUGAAAGAGUGACCCAGUCAUCCUUAAUACUGCAGAACUUUCUGGCCUCUCUACUGUUCGAUCAGGGUCUGAUAGAGGAGGCGAUAAAGAUGCAGAGGAAUGUAUUGGAUACAACCACAAAAAGUCUAGGCGAGGGGAGCCCUGGUGCAGUCAUUGCUAUGCAGAAUUUCGUACACCUCCUCAAGCGACAAGGACUUGUUGAACAAUUGGAACUUGAUGUCCAGAGGAAGGUGUUAGAGCAGACAGAGAAAGCUUUGGGCUUGUCGCACCUGGCUACACUUGCUGCUGCAUGGAAUCUUGCUACCAUGCUUCAGGAUAGAGAUGAAGCGGAGAAAUCGGCAUCAGUUGUGCUAGAAAUGACAGAAAGGAUGAAGGGAACACUGGGGGAGUCUAAUUUCCAGACUCUCCUUGCCAUGGAACUUCUUUCGGCCACAUUUCGGAGGCAGAACCGAGCGGAAGAAGCACUAAAGACCACUCAAAGUGUCCUACAUCUCAUGAUUAAAGAACUGGGCGGAAAACAUCCAGAAACUAUUACAUCCAUGAGCUACAAGGCACUAUCACUUUAUCAGCUAGGAUCAAUCGAAGAGUCAGUAAAACUCCAAAGACAAGUAUUCGAGUUGCGUCAAAGUAUUUUAGGCGAGGACAGCCCAGACACUAUCCGAGCCAUCACCAGUGUUGCAAACGCCCUCAAGUCUCAAGGUCAGCUAGACCAAGCAGUAAAGCUGGAAGAGCAAGCUAUGGCAUCGAUAACGAAAAUCCUAGGGGAAUAUCAUCCCAAGGCCAUACUAGCCAUGAAUUGUCUUGCUGUGACCUACCGUGAUCUAGGCCUAAUUGAUGGUACAAUCAAGAUUCAGAGACGUGUUUUGGAACUACAAACCAAAGUCCUUGGGGGUGAUCAUCCGGGCACUAUAGCAGCCAUGGAAACCCUCAUUGAAGUGCUCGUGGGCCAGAACGAGUUCAAAGAAGCGUCAGAGCUCCAGAGGCAGCUGUUAGAUAUUAAAAUCAGGAUCCUGGGCGAGGAACAUCCAAGCACUAUUGCUGCCCUGAAUAACGUUGGGUUUAUGCUCACUCGUCAGGAUCGGGUUGACGAGGCGAUCAAAAUACAAAGACGUGUAUUGGAGUUGACAGAGAAAGUAUUGGGCGAUGAGCAUCCUGAUAAUAUUCCGGUAAUGAUGAACAUGGUUCAGACACUCGUAGACAACGGCCAAAUGGACGAAGCCGUAGACACCCAGAAGAAAGUGGCUGCACUGAGAGAGAAAAUCUCAGGAAAAGAACAUCCCGAUACCCUCAGGCAGAUGAACGAUCUUGCGUAUAUGCUCGCUGUUCAUGGUCAAAUGGAUCAGGCUGUAAUCACCCAGAAACAGGUUCUAGAGACAUCGAAGAGUCUUUUCGGCGAAAAACAUCCAAAUACCCUUAGCACUAUGGCCAACACUGCAUCAAUCCUGCGCAAGAAGGGGGAUGCAGACGAAGCGUUAGCAUUACAGAUGAAGAUAUUAGACAUCACUGUAAAGUCUGUUGGCGAGAACCACGAGGAUACCCUUAGAGCUAUGGACACAUUAGUGAUAACACUUGGUAGCCAAAAUCAAGUUGAUAAAGCCUUGGAAAUCCAGAGGAGGAUUGUGAAGGCACGAGAGAGUGUUUCUGGGGAGCAAGAUCUAGGCACGAUUGAAGCAUCAGAAUAUCUUUCACAGCUUUUGGCAAAGAAGGGGCUUUUAGAAGAAGCAUCUAAAGUUCAGGAGAAGGUCGUCAGCUUGAAGAAAAAGGUUUCUGGAGAGGAUCAUCCUGAAACUCUGACGUCUAUGAGCAAUUAUGCUUAUUUACUCGCAAGGCAAGAAAAGACUGGCGAGGCAGCAAAAAUCCAACAACAAGUGGUAGACAUGAUGACAAAGUUCUUGGGAAAGGAGCAUCCGGAAACUGUCGAUGCAAAGGGAAAUCUUGAUUUUAUGCGAGCAGCAGAAAUGAGGAAAGCUGCAAAGUGA